CUCCAUACCCAAAAAACCUGACGUUUAGGACAUGAUUGCGGUAACCAAGGAGUGAUUAAUUUGGGAUUAGUUUUCCAUCUCUACCCCUAAUAAAUAGGGUUGCGGUUGCUCUUUGUACGAGAAAGUAAACUAGCCCAACUGGCUAGCGAGCGGAGGAAUGAGAGUGUUGAGCUGAGUUCAAAUCUCAGGGGUUGCAAAUUUUUUGCUGGAGGCUUGAUUUGCAUGGAAUUUUUGCAUGGCGCUGUGGAGGCCGCGUUUUUUUUCAUCCUGGCGGGCGGAGGAGCACUGGAAUUCCAAAAUUUUGGCCUCGCGCUGUGGAGGCUCAUUUGAGGCCGCGUUUUUUUUUCAGCUGGCCCAAAUUUUGUUCCUUUGGCGCUCUGGAAGGCCGACGCUUGGAGUGCUCGUUGCUAAUUCUAUUUAAGAGCACUCGUUCACCCCUUCAUCUACUAGUACUACUCCAUUGCCUUGCUUGCUUUUGCCUUGCUUGCUUAGCUAGCUUUUCUCCUUCCACUACUACUACUACGGCGCAUGGCUCAUUCCUUGUUUGGCUUUGAUCUCAACGUUCGUUUAGAGGACGAUGACGACGGCGACAUUCCCUUGGAUUCCAACGAGCAUGAAGCUGAUGACGGCAACGCUAGCUUUGAUCUGAACGAGCCUGUACAUGAUGAGCAUGGCAACGGAUUCAAUUUGAACUUGCCACUAGAUGAAUUUGGAGCUGUUGAUUUUGAUUAUGUACAAAACCUAGCUGAUCAUGCCGAUCAAGUAAACCAACGGAAGCAUGAUUAUUCUGAUAAUGUUAGACAACAAGUGUACCAAGCACUAUUGAUGAGAAGCAAGAGCGGGAGACUAGGCAAGCACGAUUCAACAAUUGUUGGUGAUCAGUUUGGAGUAAAGAUUCGAACAGUUCAGCGCAUAUGGCAGCAAGGUAAAAACCAACUUGUUCAAAACAUUCCAGUCAAGGUUCCUAAUCUAAAGAAAGGUAGAAGUGGCCGUAAAGCAAUCCCUCUUGAUUUGGAAAAUUUGAGGAACAUUCCUCUCCAACAAAGAAUGACCAUAGAAGAUGUGUCUAAUAGACUUGGUAUUAGCAAAUCUAGGAUACAAAGGUAUUUGAAAAUAGGUGUGCUUAGGCGCCACUCUAGUAGCAUCAAACCUUACCUCACUGAUGCUAACAAGAAGACUAGGUUGCAGUGGUGCAUUGACAUGAUUGACCAAGGUUUGCUUGAUGAUCUAAAGUUCAAGGAUUUGUUUGACUUUGUGUUUAUCGAUGAGAAGUGGUUCUACCUCCAUCAAAAAUCGGAGAGGUACUACUUGCUACCCGAUGAAGAUGAACCACACCGCACUUGCAAGAACAAAAAUUACAUCCCUAGGAUCAUGUUUUUGUGUGUUGUUGCUCGGCCAAGAUUUAGAGAUGGAGUAUGUGUGUUUGAUGGCAAAAUAGGUUGUUUUCCACUAGUUACUAUUGAGCAAGCAAUUAGAGGUAGUCAUAAUCGGCUGCGUGGUGAGCAAGUAAUCAAGCCAAUCCAAUCAAUCACAAGGGAUGUCAUAAGAGAUUUCAUGAUAAAUAGAGUGUUGCCGGCAAUUAGAGCAAAGUGGCCAAGAGAAGAUGUGCACAAGCCAAUUUUCAUACAACAAGAUAAUGCUCCUACUCAUUUAAAAGUGGAUGAUCCUCAGUUUUGUGAGGUUGCAAAGCAAGAUGGGUUUGACAUUAGGCUUAUAUGUCAGCCACCCAAUUCUCCAGAUUUUAACGUUCUAGAUUUGGGUUUCUUUCGAGCUAUCCAAGCUAUUCAAUACAAGAAAAAUGCUAAGACAAUGCAAGAACUAAUUCCAGUGGUGGAAGAGGCAUUCUUGGAGUACAGUCCAUGGAAAGCAAACAGAAUAUUUGUAACACUACAAACUGUUUUGAAGGAAACAAUGAAGAUUAAAGGUUGCAACAAUAUAAAGAUUCCUCACUUGCAGAAGCAAAGACUAGAGAGGGAAGAUAGGCUGCCAUUGCAAAUCCCUUGUGAAGCUUCACUGCUAGCCGAAGCACAAGCUAGUCUCCCUGCAUGAAAGCAUUAGAAAUAGCAGACUUGUUUCCUAGCGAGAUGUGAGAUGUAAUGCAGACUUGUAACACAGACUUUCCUAGUGGUACUAAUUGUCAUACAUGAAGGAAAAAAUAAUCUUAAACAUGGACAUCUUAACUGCUUCA